AAUAAAAGUAAACAACGCAUAAGAACGAAGACGAAAAUGUUAUGUAGCGACAGUCACCCGUUCGCAUUCGGAGUCUGUCAUUUUUUGUGAUUCAUAAUGCAUGAAGGUUUUAUAUCCCAAUAAGGAAAGGGACAAGGUUAGAGACAGGCUGAAAACCGAUUUAGCUAUGUUAGCUAUCAGGGCGGCGGAGGAGGAGUCCACUGACAUGGAGGAGAUGGACACCUCGGAACCGAACUGGUGCUGGUUCUACCUGGCUGAGUGUGGAGUGUGGCAUAUGUUCGAGAUUGAUCCCAGUGCGGCCUGCUCUGUGACCAGUGUUCAGAUUGAGCAGUGCUACAGCCGAAACCAGCGAGGUGUGAUGGAGUUCUACACAGCCAAGUACACCUACAGACUGGACUUCUCAGCAAUGCGACAGAUCAAUGUAACGACAGGGAAGCAGCGGCCAAUCAAACGAUCCCUCCACUCUACAACUGGCUUCCGGUUUAUCUGUGAUAAUCUGGCCUUGCCUGUACCGUGUCAUUGGGAGAGAAUCAAUACAGAUGAACCUUUUCAGCUCAUCCAGCUCGGAAGAGACACCUAUGAAUUUAAAGAAGUUGCCAGAUUAUAUGAAAGGACUAUGGAUCAUCCGAUCAAAUCCAUCCAGAGGAUUCAGAACUUGGACUUAUGGGAAUUCUUCUGCAGGAAGAAAACACAGUUGCGAAAAGUCAAGCGCACAUUGGAUAUUGAGGAGCGAAUGCUGUUUCACGGCACAGGGCACAGCAACAUACAAGCUAUAUGUACAUUUAACUUUGACUGGCGGCUGACAGGAAGCCAUGGCGAUGUCUAUGGCAAAGGGAGCUACUUUGCCCGGGACGCCAAAUACUCCAGUAAGUUUUGUCACACCACAGGGAAGCACAACAACGUCCUGCAGCGACACGGACUCGCCCCCCCAAUAUUUGCUACGGAGCCCCCUUACAAGACCAUGUUCCUGGCCAGAGUGCUGGUUGGAGAACACACAGUGGGUCACCCUAUGUACUGUAGACCCCCCUCCAAGGAUGCCAGCUUCACCAACUUCUUCGACAGUUGUGUGGACGAUAUGGCCAAUCCAAAGAUCUUUGUCAUUUUCGACAGCAAUCAGAUUUACCCGGAGUAUCUGAUCGAGUUCUACUGAAGCUUAAAAAUAAGACUUUUUGGUUUUUUAUAGAGGCUGGUUCUCGAACAAAGAAAAAAUAAAGACACUAUCACAUGACGGGAUGAAUAUUGGAAAAAAGAAGCGGCUUAAGAGACAUUUGUUUUUUCCUUCAGUCAGAUCCGGUGCCUAACUGGAGCAUAAAGUGCCUUUGGGGAAAUCAGAAAGACAAUAGAGACUUUGUGUGGAGUUUGUACAACACAUUCUAAGAGUGUUUCUGCAACGUCGAAAGAAAAAAGAAGUCGGUCAAUGUGGCAAUUUUUUAUCAAAUGCAAAAAUCUGUGCUCACUUGUCCAAUCUCCGUGCCCAGUUGUUUAAAAUAGGAGGGACAGUUGCAGCCUUUAGGUCACACGUGAUGUUCUGCCAUCAGCCACAGCCUCUCCUUCACAUACACAGUGCCACGCUUGAGCUUAAUUAUGUUCAUUUAGACAUCAUUCCAAAUGACCAAACCAAAAACCAUUCCUGCUCACUCAUUCAUCCCGUCAGUCUCAUCAUCUGUGAUGUUUUAUGUAGGCAUGGAUUUCCUUUUUGUUCUUGUUUAAAAAAAAAACGCUUCUACCUCUGCAUUUUGUUUUUAAAUCAUGCAUCACUGCACUUUCCCCCCUUUCCAUGAAAGGUUUUGUAUUUGUGUCACAAUGACAUAAAGUUGUGAUGUCGUGUUGACUCGUGGUCCUUUAGCAAUAUGUUUCUGUGUGUCCUUCUUUGAAACAUUGGAUUUUGUAUGCCUUUGCAACCAUUCCCAACCAAAACGUAAUAUCUAGCAUCACAUUUGACUUUAAACCAAGUGUGAGGUUAGCGCCUGCUCACACUCUUCUGUGGGGAAUAAGCAGGUUAUCUUUGCACCUGGUGUAUCUUUAAAAAGGAAAAUGAAUGUAGCCAGCACAUGUAUAGUACUGUAAUGAAAACAAACUCACAAUGUAUUAUGGCUUUGCUGUGUUUAUCUGUUGAAUUCAUUGAAUGAUUGAGUGUGUGUUUGAGCGAGGACUACAUAAGGAUUCAUAGUUUCACAUAUAUUUGCCACAAGAUGGCGUAACAGUACAAAAACGGAUCUUUGCAUUUCCUGUUGUAAAUGAGGGAACCACCUGUUGUCUUCAGUCAUAACACAGCUGUGAGUGUAGGGGUUUGUAGUAAAGCUAUAUGCGUGUCUGUAAUUUGCACAUGUUACACCCAAUAAAGUUUUUCAAAUAUG